GGCUGGAGAAACAUGCUUCAGUCAUGUUAAAUGUUUGUACCUGCAAAGAUUACAGAUACAAAAGUGUUUUUUCUGACAGCAGGAGGGUUGCAGGUAGCUUUCUAUAUCUAGUCCAGUAUUGUUAGCAGUCUGGUUUAGGCUCAUUGUGAUUUAGUUUGCAGGCUGUCAAUUUCAAAUCCCACCUUCAAAUCCACUAGGUAUAUUCACAGAGAAAGACAAAGGUGGGAAGGAAGAGGAGAAAGCUUAAUUAGUAAGUGGAAAAGGACUUUCACCUUAAUUUAAAUUAUGUUUUACUUAAUGGAGAACUAGUUAAGUACUGAGAUCAGUAGUUUGUUCCAUGAUGCACACUGGUACAAUCUAAUGGCUAAUUUAAACCUCAUGUACCAGGACAUCUUUCCAAAACUGAUUAAAGCCAAGAUGCUACAUAGUAUUUCCUUUGUGAAACCUUGUGAACUGUCGUUCGCCCAUCACUUAUGGAAGAAGAGUUAGGGUAGAAGAUUUGCACACUAUGCAAUAUGAUAUUCAGUAGCGUAUCUGUAUAGGUUUAUCAAAUCGAAUAUCUUAAGCAUUAAAUUUUCUGAUUAUCAUUUCCUGUUUUAAGAUCUAAAAUGCAGCCACAUGAGAAACAGAGCUCUUUGCUUAAGUUUGUAAUAGAGCAUUUUGUGAGUUAACUGAAAUUUGUCACGCUGUUUUGUUGAGUAUUUAUUACGUAUGCCUGUGCCCUUCCUGUUUGUUACUGCAUUAAAUUCAUACUUCUUUUUGAGAGCUUGGAGAGGUAAAAAUAAUGUACUGGGGUAAGCCUUAUCUUUGUUUUGGACUGGCCCCUGCACUUUUGGGCACUGCUUUAGUCGGUGGGUUUUAAAUACCUCAUGAUUUAAGCUGAGGUGAAACUUCAGCAAAACACUGGUUGUUGUAGAUGAUUAAUAACUGUAAUUUAGGGUGAAGAUUUGAAAGAGGGCUGUGUAGUGCUGUUGAAUGCAAUUUUUAGCUUGUACUCUUCAGGAUUUGUAGGAGGGGAGCUUUGCAUCGUACACAGCAUUGAAAUGCAGCCAGUUGCCAAAACAUAAUGGUUGUUUUUUUAUCAUGAUAGUAUGUGACCCAUCACAUUUUGAGUCUUCUGAGCUGCCAUGCUUGAAGUCACAUCUGUGCCACAAAAUAGAAUAUGGUUUACCUUUUAGUAGAAUUUAUAACAUACUGUAGUAGAAUCACAAAGUUUCUGGCUCAAAAUUACUGCUCGUACUUGGUGCACUCUUGUAUGUUUGGGUGACAGUGGAAUUUUUAUCACUACAGAGUAAACAUAAUUUUGACCUUGUUUUGUGGGUUCUUUCAUUUUUAAGUUUGGUGGACAGAGAACAUCAUUGUGUCGUCUUGCUUUCUCUGUAGAGACUUCUGUGUGGGUAAUCUCAAGUGUAAUCGUAUGUAAGUAAAAGCAGUCAGAAGAGUCUAAGCUGAGUUCUGCCUUGAGUUACCUGGGGAGAGGGAUCCACCACUCGUGAAAUAGGAAAAACUGAUAAAGUCUCCCUCACUGAUCAUGUUUGUUCAAACACAGUUUACACUACCGUGAUUUAUAUUUACUAUUCAGUGUGAAUAUUUUGGUUGGGUGUGCUGAGGGUUGUGUUUGUAUGGCUUGAGCACUGUAAUACGUGGGGUGUGCAGCGGUACUCUGUCAGCACAAGCCCAAAGGUGGGGUAAGCUUAUCACUGUAAUUGCAGCUGCCAUUCAGCAGUGUUGUUGGAUGUUUCUGCCUGAUCUCCUGUGGUGUAUUUUAAGGUAGCAGUUUGAAAGUCUUGGGCAAAGUGGGUGGGCUUUAUGCAACUUGGAUAUUAGUUACUCCUUGCUAUCUGCAGUAUACACCUUCAGUGUUACUGCGUAAUGCAGAUUGCAUAGCUGUGUAAUUUAUGGUAAUGUAGAGCUGUGCCAGAAGGAAAUCAGCCGCAAACAAACAGAAGUGGUUGGUUUUCUUUUCUACAGAGGCAUAGGCACUUGUGCAUGCUCUCCACCUACAGGAUUAAAGAAGGGUUGUGACUUGUGCAAGCCUUGUUUAGACAGAUACAAGUGGAACUAGUGUAAAAGUCUGUUUGUGAAGUUUGUAGCUUGGGUAGAUCAUGAUCUUAAAGUAGGGUUUAUUACCCUAUUUAUUUUUGAGUCUCUGGUAUCCAGUCCCUCCUGACUCAGUGUUUGUGCAGGAGAAUGUCUAUCCUGCCUUGUGCCAGUAGAGGCCACAGUCACUACAGUUGUUGAGUAAUCAAGUAGCCUUAGCAUUUUGCUUCCUCAAGACCAGCCUUUCUGGGAGAGGUGAAUUUUUGACAGGUUUCUUCACAAGGAAUAGUUUGGGUCACUGAGACACUUCCAGAGGAAGUUGGAGGGACAAGACUUGGAUGCAGGAGAGCUGAGGAAAGUUGGAGAGACCAAGUUAACAAAAGGAGAGGAACAUUCUGGGGAAGGGUGAGAGAAGAAGAAGUGAAACAAAAGAGAAAGCGGAAGAGCAGUGCCAGAAGGGCUGGUCCUCGAAACUGGAGCAUGAUGGGAGAAACUUACAUCUAGAAAGAGCCAACUUGGGCUUGGUUUUGUCUGCAAAUACUUUACACAGUGCUGAUUCUCAGCAUGCUUCAUCUUUCAAACUGAAACUGGAGUCUUGAUUCAGUUAAGACAGAGGAACUGAUUCAGGAAGAGAGAUGCUGAGGCAUGGGAUGACACGGAAAUAGAACCAUUUUGGACCUGAAGAUCAUGUAGUGCCCCUCUGCACUGCUCCCAGCCUUUGGAUAAAAGGACAACUCCUGGACUGAAAUAAGUCACACGUUUUCUGACCUGUUACUAGCACACACUUUUGGGGAGGAAUUUGCACACCUCAUCGUAUUGAAGGGUAUGUUACAAUGUUGAGUUUGUAAAGAUGGAUGGAUGGAAAUCAAUGAAUGAUUUGUUUUUCCUUGCAAAAUUUUGACAGAUUUUGGCUCUCCUACCUGUCUCUUUUUAUAAUGCUGACUUCACAAGCCUCAGUGUCUGGUAGUUGUACUGAUUGCUAAUCAUAUAUUUUCUGCUGCAGGGAAAAUUGUGGUGGCCAGCAGGUCAUACUCAGAACCUUAUCGUAGGAGCCAGAGUUCUGUGCUUCAGAGGGUGAAAAUGCCAAAAGUUAAUUAUUACCGCUUAAAUUCACUUUAAACGGGGAAGUAUAUUAUGUCAGUAAUUUCAAAGGAAUGUUUAGCCUUCCAGUUCCCUGUAUUCACUGCUAGUGAAUUUGGUACUAAUAGUUGACUUUUUCAUAAUUUAGGAAAUAAUCAUCCAAGAAAUUGCAGCCUGUCCUUGUAUAUCCAAAUCUUGAUGUGAAAUGGGUACGAACUUCUACAAACUCCUUUUUGACAUUUCUGAGGCUUUGGUCGCAGAUGACCUUGCGGCUAUGAAGUUCCUCAGCGUGAAGCACAUUCCCAUGGGGAAGCAGGAAGCCAUCCAGGAGCCCAAGGCCUUCUUGAGAGAGCUGCAGGAGAAAGGCAUGAUCAAAGAGGGGAACCUGUCCUUCCUGAAGGAGCUGCUCUACCGGAUCAAUCGGAUCGACCUCCUGGAAACCCAGCUGGGCUCUAGCCGACAGGAGAUGGAGAGGGAGCUUCAGAUCCCAGGCAGGGCAAAGGUGUCAGCCUACAGGCAACUGCUAUAUGGAAUUGCAGAGGACUUGACUCCAGAAGAUGUAAAGUGCGUGAAGUUCCUGCUCCGAAAACAAAUACCCAACAGCAAACUCCAGGAUAAUGCUUCAAUGUUGAAGGUCUUACUGGAAAUGGAAGGAAAAGCGUUAAUUAAAGAAGAUGACCUGUCAAUGCUGAAAGAUAUAUUAAAGGGAUUUAGAGCUGACAUAAUGAAAAAAAUUGUUACCUUUGAAGAACAAAAAAAAGAAAAUGAUUCUAAGGAAAAACUCCACUAUGCAGCGCUUGUAUCUGUGCAUCCAGCAAAACAAACAGCAGAGAGUGAGACACAACACCUGUCUGUGGAAUCAUAUAAAAUGAAAAAUAACCCUCAUGGUUACUGUGUGAUUCUUAACAACUACAUUUUUCAAAAUGUGUGUGAAAUCAGACAAGGAACAAUUGAAGAUGGAGAGGCUGUGAAGAGGGUCUUUGAGUGGCUUCAGUUUGAGACAGUUGAGCACAUGGAUCUAGAAGCAAAGCAAAUAUAUGAGAAAGUUAAAACAUACAGUGAAAAGGAUCAUAGUAACAUGGACUGUUUCGCUUGCUUCAUUUUUUCCCAUGGUGAAAAAGACAAAAUAAAAGGCAUUGAUGAUCAGUUUGUAAAUAUUAAAGAUUUAGUCUCCUGUUUCAGUGGAUCCAAUUGCCCUUCUCUUGCUGGCAAACCCAAGCUGUUUUUCAUCCAGGCUUGCCAAGGCUCUGUAGAUCACCCACCUGUCACAGUAAAAGAAGACUUUUAUAGCCACCUUGAGAUGGAUGCUACCCCUCUGAUUUCCAUUCCUGAUGAGGCUGAUAUUCUGGUUGGCAUGGCUACAGUGGAACACUACAAGUGCUAUCGCUGUACAAACACUGGAAGUGUUUAUAUACAAUGCCUCUGUGAAAAGAUGAAGUUGCUUUGCCCACAUGGCAAGGAUCUCCUCACCAUCCUGACAGAAGUGAGCAAGGAAGUGGGAAGAAAAGAUUUAAAUGGAUGGAAGCAGAUGCCAAAGAUAACAUCAACCCUACGGAAGCAAUUGAUCUUCCAAAUUCCAUAAUGUCAGUCAGUCAAAAUGGAGAAAAAUAAGAAUACACUCGGUUAGGAAUCACAUCUGAAAUGGGCUUUCUUGGGGAAAGGAAUUUGCAAGUGAAAUUAUCCUGAUCUAUGUGUUUGGCCCCAGCCAUUGUAUCUAAAUUUUCCGAUUCCCAUGUUUAAUCAGUGUCCUGAAACCUGGAUCUGCAGCAGCCUGGGAAGGCCACAAAGCAGUACAGAUCUGACUUUCUGUCCUGCAUAGCAGUGGAGUCUGCUCAAUCUGCACUUCAAGGGAGGAAGCACCUGCAAGUGUAAUGAUUUUUUUAGGAGUUAUUAGAUGCAACAGAAGUCCUAAUUCUGUCCAAGUUGUUGUAAGUCCCUGAAAUCUUCAGAAAAGAACAGAUGGAUUCAGAAUGCUGAUCCCUUCCAAGGGAGCAUGUGCAAGAUUGUAACUGACUUGGCCACAGGUGAAUCAUUGGCUGUUUCUGGAAGCUGUGUAAUUUUUCACAGAAAAUAACAUGCUUGUGCAGAAGGACCAAAGAAAGAAGAGAUGAUUAUGAUAAUACAAGUUUGGUUCUUUUUCUCCAAAUAUUUGGUUUCCCUUGGUUUUAAUUUACUUGGCUAAACAGCACUGCUGUUUAGGUUUUCUUAAUAAGAGUUCUUGACUCUCUUUUCUCCCAGAGCUCUGAGGGGACAGUCUGUUUUGAAUAGCUGUUAACUUCUGGAAGGAAGGUCCCACUCCACUACAGAAUUACAGAAUCACAGAAUAGUCUGGUUUGGAAGGGACAUUCAAAGGUCAUCUAAACCAGCAAGCACGGACAUCUUCAGCUAGACCAAGUUGCCCAGAACCACAUCCAGCCUGGCCUUGAAUGUCUCCAGGGAUGGUGCAUCCACCACCUCUCUGGGCAACCUGUCCCAGUGUUUUACUACCCUUAUUGUAAAGAAUUUCUUCCUCACAUCCAGCCUGAAUCUUCCCUUUUUUAGUUUAAAACCAUUACCCCUCAUCCUAUUGCAGCAGGCCCUGCUAAAAUGUCUCACCCCAUCUUUCUUACAGGCUCCUAUUAAGUACUCAAAGGCCACAAUAAGGUCUCCCUGAAAUCUUCUCCAGGCUAAACUACCCCACCUCUCUCAGCCUUUCCUCAUAGGAGAGUUGCUCCAGCCCUCUGUUCAUUUUUGUGUCUCUUCUCUGGACCCUCUCCAAUAGGUCUGUAUCUUUCCUGUACUGGGGACUUCGAAGUUGGAUGCAGUACUCCAGGUGGGGUCUCACCAGAGCAGAGUGGCAGAAUUAGGUCCACUGCUCUGAGAUGCCUUCUCCCCCUGGCAACUGACCAUAGCUCCUGUGGACUGUUGUUUCUGUCGUAAUAAAUACUGUUGGUUUUCACA